UGACACCAUGACUCUGUUGAUUGAGUUGGUGCUGAGUGGAUGACGUCUACACAGUCACAGACAGUCACAGUCACAUGGUCAUGGAUUCGGAGUAGAGCCUUUCAUUGAGCUCUAACUCGAUUUUGCUUCCUUUCCCAACCUCACCUCCGACAAAGGAUCCUCCCCCUUUCCAUCAACCCACGACUUGGGGGACCUCCGCGCUCCGAGAAUAUAAGCCAGCGGGAUUGCCUGAUGGUUGCAUACUCCAGGUUACGAAUCCCGGGGCGAUAAGAUAAAGCGAGGGAGGCUGCGGCCGUCCAGACCCGCGGGCUUCGGAGGUGGCCGACAGCCUGCCUCUCUCCAUCCCGACCUGCUCUCGGGCUCGGGGCGCUCUUUAAAAAGCUUCAUCCCUGCUGCAACUGGGCCUGGCGCAUACUCAUCCAUCUCUAUACUGAUUGUCGAACCCUGUGCUUAUCCUCAUCCUCCACCUCCACCUCCACCUUCAUCCCCACCAUGUCUUCCCCAGUCACUGCGGCCCGCUACGGCAAGGACAAUGUCCGAGUAUACAAGGUCCACCGCGACGAGAAGACCGGCAUCCAGACGGUCGUCGAGAUGACCGUCUGCGUCCUUCUCGAGGGUGACAUCGACACCUCCUACACCACGGCCGAUAACAGCGUUAUCGUCGCAACCGACUCCAUCAAGAACACCAUCUACAUCACCGCCAAGCAAAACCCCGUCACUCCUCCCGAGCUCUUCGGCUCCAUUCUCGGAAACCACUUCAUCACUAAAUAUAACCACAUCCACGCCGCCCACGUCCACAUCAUCACCCACCGUUGGACCCGUCUGACCAUCGACGGCAAGCCGCACCCGCACUCUUUCCUCCGCGAUGGCGAGGAGACCCGCAACGUCCAGGUCGACGUCGUCGAGGGCAAGGGCAUCGACAUCACCUCGUCCUUGGCCAAAUUGACCGUGUUGAAGAGCACCAACUCCCAGUUCUGGGGCUUUGUGCGUGACGAGUACACCACUCUCCCCGAGACUUGGGAUCGCAUUCUGAGCACCGAUGUCGACGCCAGCUGGCAGUGGCGCCGAUUCAGCGGGCUGGACGAGGUGCGCAACACCGUGCCCCAGUUCGACGCUACCUGGACCACGGCCCGGGAUAUCACCCUUAAGACCUUCGCCGAGGAUAACUCGGCCAGUGUGCAGAACACGAUGUACAAGAUGGCGGAGCAGAUCCUGGCUCGCCAGUCGCUGCUCGAGACGGUCGAGUACUCUCUGCCCAACAAACACUACUUUGAAGUUGAUCUGAGCUGGCACAAGGGCCUCAAGAACACCGGCAAGGACGCCGAGGUGUAUGCGCCCCAGACCAACCCGAACGGGCUGAUCAAGUGCACCGUUGGUCGCAACACCAAGGCCAAGCUGUAGUGUAUGUAGUUGGUCAUGCAUAGGAGAUGGAGUUCUGGCAUAUUGUAUAUAGGUCUUCGGAUAGGGUAUAGCAUCAAUCACUUUAUGAUACAGCAAUUUGCACAAAAGC